CGACCACAGGGUGGCAGUGUAGGUAACGUAGCCCGCAGGAAAGAAGCUGAAUUAUUUAUUAUGUUAAGGCAGGGAAGAGCAGCGUUGGAAUAAGAGUGUCUUGCGGGCGGAUCGAGUGCGUAUUUCGAAUACAUGAGAGUGUUAGAGAGGGCGGACGCGGUUUUUUCCCCCCUUCCUUUUUAUUUUAAGUGCGCACAUUUAAACGCACCUCCACUAAGCCGCACGCUGUUUGGCUUCUCAAGGCAAGGAUCGUCACCAUCCCGCCGUGGCUUGACGAGAGGAGGAGGAGGAGGAGGAGGAAAGGAGGAAGAAGCACCGCUUCUAGUCAUUGCGAUCUGAGAAUACUGGGACUGUGCAGUACUAUCAUAGUAGUAGUAAAACAGGACCGUGAUACAGGACUGAAGGCGAGGUCAACUAUUGCGCAAUGAUGACGGGCAAAUCUGUGAAAGACGUCGACAGAUAUCAGCCGGUGCUCAACUCUUUGCUGGCGCUGGAGGAGAACAAAUUCUGUGCGGACUGCGAGUCAAAAGGUCCUCGGUGGGCGUCGUGGAAUUUGGGCAUCUUUAUCUGCAUAAGAUGUGCGGGUAUUCAUCGAAAUCUGGGGGUCCACAUCUCCAAAGUCAAGUCCGUCAACCUGGACCAGUGGACGCAGGAACAGGUCCAGUGUGUUCAGGAGAUGGGCAACGCCAAAGCCAAGCGUCUCUACGAGGCUUUUCUACCAGACUGCUUCCAGCGGCCCGAGACGGACCAGUCUGCGGAAGCCUUCAUCAGGGACAAGUAUGACAAGAAGAAGUACAUGGACCGGGUCAUCGACAUCCAGAUGCUCAGGAAAGAAAAGAGCUGCGAGAACAUCCCCAAGGAGCCGGUUGUGUUUGAGAAAAUGAAAUUGAAAAAAGAGGGCAGCCCGAAGACAGGCUCUCAAGGUGUUACGGACUUGCUCGGAUUCGAUGCUCCAAGUCCAGCAGUGUCCAAUGGAGUCUCCAACACUACUACUGAGAGUUCUAAGCCUGCACCUUCUGCCUUGGAUGUCUUCAACACCUUCUUGGAUCCUUCCACUUCCUCCUCAAACAACACAGCUGCCUCCACCUUCUUGCCUCAGAGCAGAGUGACCGCCUCUGUGCCUGAAAACCUCAGCCUCUUCCUGGACGCGGCCCCCAAGAAGGCGGAAGGUGCUUUUAGGAAGCUGUCCAAGGACUCCAUUCUCUCCCUGUAUGGCUCCACCCCCUCAGUGCAUUUCAGCAGUAUGGCGUCCCAUCACGGUGAGAGAUCCUCCUCGUUAUUUAUUUCUUUUUCAUUUAAAGUCCGACUUGUCUCCUCCAGGCUUGUAUAUGAACCAAAUGGGAUACCCCACACACCCGUAUGGCUCCUACCAUUCCUUAGCCCAGGCCGCUGGGGUAGGCGGGGCCACGGUGAUGUCACAGAUGGGAGUCCAACAGAACGGCUUGAUGGCGGGACAGCAGAACGGGGUGAUGGGACAGCAGCAGAGUGGAUUAUUGAUGCAGCAGCGGAGCGGCGAGAUGAUGGGACAUCCGGCGGCGUUACCGCAGCAACAGUUUGGAGCUCAGCAGCAGCAGUGGAAUGUUGCACAGAUGACGCCGCAUAUGUCCGCCAUGAAUCUCUGCACCACCAGCGGCGUGAUGCAGUACAGCAGCCCGCCCGCAGGAGGCGCCGCGGCCCAAGGUUCCGCACAUAUGACAGCGCACGUCUGGAAAUAGUCCAGGAGGCGGAGUUUGACUGUGCUGAGAUUUUCCCCUCCAAUACAAAAUGGAAGAGACCAGAAUAAGACUAAACUACCUCUUCCUGACUCCCGGGUCUACUUCCUGGCUCCCAGGUCUACUUCCUGCCUCGGCCUAGCUUCACCAACGUCAGCGCUUGCCUUCAGAACAUUCCUCCCAUGCAGCAACAGGGUCAGACACGCACAUGGAUCCUAUUAUUUCUAUUAGUGCACCUCAUUCGCCAUAGAGAUUUAUUUUGACCAUGUCCAUUGGAAUACGUUAUGGUCGUCUCCAACAUUAUUGAUCAUUCUAUUCCUUCUUAUUUGUGGUGUUGCAGGGCAAGUGAGGUCAUAGGUCACGUGAAUAUUCACGUGUUAGCCUGCACAUCAUGCUAAAAAUGUCUGGUAAAUGAGUUUAAAAUGUAUAGUAGGCUGUGUUAAAAGGCCUAUUAGACUAUAUUUCUUGUUCAAUUAGCAGCAAUAUUAUCUUUGAUACACUUUGUCAGCUCAACCCAAAUGACCAAAAAUGGCCGCUUGGCAAUAAAAAAAGAAGUUUUGUUACACUUUAGCAAGUUACAACUCAUUGAAGGCAACAAUGAAAAAAAAAAAAAUGUCCGAUACGAUACCGUUAAUAGGGCAAUAAAUAUUGUCCGAAAGCGACAUUGAUCUGAUAUCUGCACAAAUCAAACAUACUUUCAUGAUUGUUUGUAGUGGUGAAUGUUUUGAUGAAGUGAAGUGAGUCAAACAGAGAACCUAUUUCUUAUUACCCGUUUGAAAUGGACUUAUGCUGUCAUUAGGUUGAAGUUAUUGUUUUUUUUCUCGCAACAUCUGGUGGCCACAAUAAGUUAAGCCCAUGACGCAGUUAGUUGAAUGAUGCGGACACGUUUGUUACCGGAUACUUUCUAAUACACUUUUGUCAUGUGCAACUAUUAUAAUUGAUACUUCACAAAUGUUAUAGUUUGUGAAGUAUAACAGGACUGCUUGUAUCGCACACAAGUUAACACUGCAGGACUGCUUGUAUCGAACAUGAUAUCACACACAAGUAAACACGCUGCAGCACUGUUUGUAUCGGACAUGAUAUCACACUCAAGUAAAAACGGUGCAGGACUGCUGUAUCGGACAUGAUAUCACACACAAGUAAACACGCUGCAGGACUAAUUGUAUCACACAUGAUACCACACACAAGUAAACACGCUGCAGGACUACUCGUAUCCCACAUGAUAUCACACACAAGUAAACACGAUGCAGGACUGCUUGCAUUGCACAUGAUAUCACACACAAGUAAACAUGCUGCAGGACUAAUUGUAUCACACAUGAUAUCACACACUAGUAAACACGCUGCAGGACUGCUUGAAUCGCAUGUGAUAUCACACACAAGUAGACACGCUGCAGGACAGCUUGUAUCCCACGUGAUAUCACACACAAGUAAAGACGGUGCAGGACUGCUGUAUUGGACAUGAUAUCACACACGUAAACUCGCUGCAGGACUGCUUGUAUCAGACAUGAUAUCACACACAAGUAAAGACGGUGCAGGACUGCUGUAUCGGACAUGAUAUCACACAAGUAAACACGCUGCAGGACUAAUCGUAUCCCGCAUGAUAUCACACACAAGUAAACACGCUGCAGGACUGCUUGCAUUGCACAUGAUAUCACACACAAGUAAACACGCUGCAGGACUGCUUGCAUUGCACAUGAUAUCACACACAAGUAAACAUGCUGCAGGACUAAUUGUAUAACACAUGAUAUCACACACUAGUAAACACGCUGCAGGACUCCUUGAAUCGCAUGUGAUAUCACACACAAGUAGACACGCUGCAGGACAGCUUGUAUCCCACGUGAUAUCACACACAAGUAAAGACGGUGCAGGACUGCUGUAUCGGACAUGAUAUCACACAAGUAAACUUGCUGCAGGACUGCUUGUAUCAGACAUGAUAUCACACACAAGUAAAGACAGUGCAGGACUGCUGUAUCGGACAUGAUAUCACACAAGUAAACACACUGCAGGACCGCUUGUAUCGGAGAUGAUAUCACACACAAGUGAAGAUGGUGCAGGACCGCUUGUAUCGCACAUGAUAUCACACAAGUAAACACGCUGCAGGACCGCUUGUAUCAGACAUGAUUUGACACACAAGUAAAGACGGUGCAGGACUGCUGUAUCGGACAUGAUAUCACACAGGUAAACACGCUGCAGGACCGCUUGUAUCGGACGUGAUAUCACACACACGUAAAGACGGUGCAGGACUGCUUGUAUCAGACAUGAUAUCACACACAAGUAAAGACAGUGCAGGACUGCUUGCAUCGCACGUGAUAUCACACACAAGUUAACAUGCUGCAGGACCGCUUGUAUCGGACAUGAUAUCACACACACAUAAAGACGGUGCAGGACCGCUUGUAUCGGACAUGCUAUCACACACAAGUUAACACGCUGCAGGACUUGUAUCGGACAUGAUGUCACACACAAGUAAACACGCUGCAGGACUGCUUGUAUCGGACAUUUAAAAUGGAACCCUAUAUCAUUCGAUGCUUGUUUUUCUGCUGAUAUCGGACCGAUAUCAAUAUAGUAUCGGACACUCCUCGGUAAAAUACAUGUCAAGGCAACAACACUGACUAGCAUGCAGUAAUUAAAUAUACA